AUGGCCGACCUUCAAGCGAAGCGAAUCGUGGACUGGGUCACGGAACAUGGUUUCGAACGAAUUGCGCUGCAGUUUCCGGAUGCGAUGCUGGCGGAAGCCCCACACUGGACCAGCACGGUGCAGCAGGCACUUCCGCAAAAGCGAGUUUUCAUUCUGGGUGACUCCUCCUUCGGGGGAGGUGGCGUUGACGAAGUGGGUGCUCUUCAUUACGGCGCAGACUGCAUUGUACGCUUCGGGCAUGCCGAGCAACAGCGAGGGGGUGACUUGCCCGUGCUCUUUGUGUUUGGGGAGCAGGAGGAGGCAGACUCCUUUGCUGACAUUGCCACCAUUGCAAGCACCAUCCGCUCGGUUGCGGGGAGCCAUGGCCGCGGCGCAGCCUGGCACGUGGGCGGACGGGUGCAGGCCACCUUCCACUUGCUCCUGAUCUGUGACUUGCCCUACCAGCACUUCGCAGACCCUCUUGCCAAAGCUUUGGCGGGUCAAGGCCUGGGGCAGAUUCUGGUGGCUCAGCCUCAUGAAGAGGCAGCUGGCGACAUCUUGCCCCGUUGGCACGAUUGGCGAUGGGGCACACUGGACUUUUCUCAGUGGUGGGCCGGCCUCGGCACAUUGACGCUUGCAGCGGCCGCCCGACCGACUCAGCUCAAAGUGUGCGGGCGACUGGUGUCGGCCUUCACAAAUGACGGCCUUGAUCCCUUCUGGGAACACAGCUUGCCAGAAGCAUCAGCGAUCCUGUACGUAGGUCCGCCGUCGUCUACCCUUGAAAGGUGUGCACUUCUACGUUUCGGAGCAGUUUGUCCGAUCUGGCGUUUUUGCAGCCAGGGCGGAGACUCCACGAUUCGCGAAGGAUCUGGGCGGCUAGAACGGAUCUUUAGUGAUGCCUUGUUGCAGAAGAGAUACCGCUACGUUGAAGCAGCGAAAAGCGCUGCAACUAUCGGCAUACUUUUAGUUGCUGCAGGUGGCCCAACAACUCUGGGGCGUGCUUUGGCACAGCGCCUGGAAAUUUUACUCACGAAGGGUGGACGAAAGCACUACAGGUUUGUGGUGGGACAGCCGACGCAGGAGAAAUUGGGGAACUUCCCUGAAGUAGAGUGCUACGUGCUUCUAUCCGGUCCGGAGCAGUUCACAUGGGAUGUUAAAGACUUAAUGGUUCCCAUCUGCACGCCGUUCGAGUUGGAGGUCGCUUUAGGUGCACGGCGCUGGACCGGCGCAUACAUCACAGACCUGGAAGAGCUCCUGCGAUCUGCGCCCAUGUCGCACCUCCUGUCUGUUCUUCCUGCUGAGGAGGUGGUGGUACAAUCCCUGGGAGGGUCCCGCAUCAAGGCCUUUGCAAGCACAAGUGCGAGUCACCAUUCGGCACCUCUGCCGAUGGCUCCGAAGGUUCCAAGGCCUCCAGCAAGCAUAACUCCGGGUCUGCACGGUGUACCUUGGAAAUACAGCCAAGAAGAGUCCUCCGCCGCUUGA